CUUCACUGCAUUCAUUCAAUUUAUUCUCAGAAAAGCUGAAAAUGUGACAGCGAAAAUAAAGAGGUAGAUAAACGCAGUUAAAGUUAUACAGUUGGCCUUCGAGAACUCAAUUUAUCGUCCUUGUUUAUGUCUGCUCAUCUACCAUCGAGGCUUUUGUUUAACCCUUCCACCUCAAAUAAACCAGGAGCAUCAUCCCUGCCCCAUGAGCAGCGAGCUGGGCUUUCUGCCUGCCAUGUACUCAUUCCCUGGCUUAAUCAAUGUCCCUGAAAUGGGGAUCAAUAUUGGCCCUGCAAAUACCUGUCAACACCUGCCGGGAGUGUCGCCCCCAAGCACGAAUUGGGAGAGAAGAUGCCUGAGAAAGCACAGGAGGAGAACAGAUGACGAAGGAUGCAGUGCCAAAAAGAGGAGGCUGAUGGGAGAUGCAGGAUGUGAUCCUUUGGAUGACCUCAGCCAUAAUGUGUGUCAGAUCUGGCCACCAGGCAACAACGGCCCCCCUCUACCUGAAUCAGCCAGCCAAGCACCUCCACAGCACUGCCUGGGGACUCAGAACCUGGGGCUGCCCAUAUCCGGGUCUCCCUCCCGUCUGGUCCGUCCAGAAGCAGAAGGCUCCUGCAUCGAGGUGGAGUCUGCUCAUAGAAGACUGCAGGAGAUUGAGGAAAGGAUCAGUCUGGAGGAUGAUGAUGAUGACCUGGAUGUGGAGCCUGCACCCAGGCGGCCAGUGCUGGUGAUGUCUGACAGUCUGAGGGAGGGGCUUCAGCGUGGCAUCAGUGACAUUCUCCCCCACACUGUGGCCCAGUCUGUGAGCCAAUCCUGUAUGGAGCUGGUAGUAUGGCGCCUCCCAGAGGAUGCGCUGGCUCGAAAGCUGAAAGACUCCCUGCAGAGGAAGCUGCAGACUACCAGCAGGCAACCCCCGACCCCCAGUGCCCCUACCCCUCAGAUUCCCCUCACAAACCCCCCAGGGGAGACGUACUCCCCUCUGUACUGCAGCCCAGUGGCCGGGGCCCACAGCUCUGGAGAGGAGGACAUGGAGAUGUAGGGCUUUUGAGACCCAGCAUCAGGAAUGCCCAGAGUAGCUACAGGUCUCAGCUUUGGUUCACUUGGUUGGACCCUCAGAGAAGCCAUGGAGAGACAGAAAAAACUGCAUAGACAGCGCCAAAAUCUUCACAGUGACAUGAACGUCUGCUUUGGAUCAAGACCAGGCUGUUGGGCAGCAUGGCACAUGUAUACCACUUGGCCAAAAGAGGGCAAGUACCCACUUUCUUUGUGCUACAGUUAGAUAAUACUGGAUUUAAAGAGCAACUGCCUCUAAAAAACAACUUCUCAUUUAGAAAACAGCCCUGUGUGUCAUCAAUAUGAGUCAAACAUUUAUUAUACUGUCAAAAUUGACUACAACGUGUAAAUAAACUGAGUCUCGUCCAAAAUAGACUUGUGGUCGUGACUGCAUCAUAACGUAAAUGAA